GAACCGCUGUUAAACCACGAAGAAGAAACGUACCAGGAAACGCUGUACAGCGUUGCUUGUAGCACAAAUUUACAGCCAAACACCCCUGUUUGGGUAGGCCAUGGCGUUUGUCUGUAGAAAUGCUGCCGCACUACUGAAAACGAGCCGCGCUGCACCCACCUUGGUCUCGGCCGCCGCCCGUCUGUGCAGCUCGGGUGUCCAAUAUGAGUAUAUUAUGGUGGAGAAGCGAGGGGAGAAGAAGAAUGUGGGUUUCAUCCAGUUGAAUCGACCUAAAGCUCUUAAUGCGCUAUGUGACGGCUUGAUGAAGGAGAUGGGUGAGGCCUUGGACGCCCUUGAGAGCGACAGAGACGUGGGGGCCAUCGUCAUCACCGGCAGCGACAGAGCGUUUGCAGCUGGAGCAGACAUAAAAGAAAUGCAGAAUCAAACUUUCCAGAAGUGUUUCAGUGGGAACUUUCUGGCUCAUUGGAACAGAGUGUCCACUGUGAAGAAGCCCGUGAUUGCUGCGGUCAAUGGAUUUGCUUUGGGAGGAGGCUGCGAGUUGGCGAUGAUGUGUGACAUCAUCUAUGCUGGAGAGAAGGCACAAUUUGGCCAACCAGAGAUCCUGCUGGGGACAAUCCCUGGGGCUGGCGGUACCCAGCGUCUGACCCGUGCGGUGGGCAAGUCUCUGGCAAUGGAAAUGGUGCUGACCGGAGAUAAAAUUAAUGCCCAAGAAGCCAAGCAGUCAGGUUUGGUGAGUAAAAUUUUCCCCGUGGACCAGCUGGUGUCCGAAGCGGUAAAAUGCGGCGAGAAAAUUGCUGCUAAUUCCAAACUGGUGUCCGCCAUGGCCAAAGAGGCAGUUAAUGCAGCCUUUGAGAUGACUUUGGCCGAGGGGAAUCAUAUGGAAAAGCGUUUAUUCCACGCAACGUUUGCAACGGAUGAUCGCAAGGAGGGCAUGACUGCAUUUGUGGAGAAGAGAAAGGCCAAUUUUCAGGACAAGUGAUCUGCUAAUCAAGUUGAAUGAUAGCAAUGGAAUGUGGAAGAUGUUUUGCCUCGCUGCCUAGCAUUUGCCCAGUGGAAUUUUUACCCAGCCAAUCAGUGAACAAAUAUGAUAUUCCAAUAAUAUACUGUACCAUCAUGAAAUACAAUCAUGAAUGAACAAAGCAAGCCAGUCUUGUGCAUACUGCAAAAAGGGACAA